CGAAUGUAAAGAAAAUGCAACAAUCCCUGCUGAAGAAAGAAGUUGCAACUCUAUUUUUUCACGAUUUUUGAAUAGAUUUCUCCGACAAAUGGAAAAAUUUGGACUACCCAGUGAAGCUAAUCAGUUUGUGCACUAUGAUGCUGAAGUUCUUCUGAGUAAAGAUUCCCUUUCCGAAUUAGAAAAAUUUCUCAAAGGUGACCCAUGGAAAUCUGGAUUGCUGGAUGAGGCACUUAGUUCUGUGCUAGUUGAUUUCAAGCUGCAUGACCCUGAAGCCUGGAGGUGGAAGUUUGAGGAUACCUUUGGUAUUGAGCUUCACACACUUUUAAUGGUACUUGGAUGCUUGGUUCUGCUUUCUCUAAUGGUAGCUACAGAACUUUGGACCUGUGUCUCCUGGUUUGUCCAGUUAAAACGCAUUUUGUUCAUAAGUGUCAUCGUUAGUCUUGUUUGGAACUGGCUGUAUCUGUACAAGAUUGAAUUUGCUAAUCAUCAUGCUAAAGUAGUUCAGAUUGACAAGAAAGUCGAUGACAUAUGUAUUGGAUUAAAGAAAAUGGACUGGAAGGACAGCCUUUUUGAAUGGUGGAGAGCUUCAUUUUCCUUUGUGGAUGACCCCUGCAAAGUCUACUAUGAGACAUUGUUAGUAAAUCCAGUUUUACUUGUUCCACCAACCAGGGCUGUUUCACUUACAUUCACAACAUUUGUAACAGAGCCUUUUAAGCAUGUAGGCCAAGCUUUUGGAGAGUUCUACAAAGCCCUUCUUAAGGAUCUGCCCGUACAACAUCAAAUUCCUGUGAUUGUAAUGGUUCUCAUUGGUGUACUGGCAUUUUUUUAUGGGUUCGGAUCAGCUUGUACUCGUGUUGGUAGUGUGAGACAGCUUUUGAACAACAACCAACCACCUCCUCCACUUUCCUAUGUUGACAGAAAUUUACCUCUACCAGAACCUGACUAUAGGGGUGGAGGGGAUGCUGAUGACUGUGCCAAAGGACGGUUGCGCAUUCGUAACAAUAACAAGAACAGAAACGAACAUUCAUCAAGGAAUACGAGUUGCUAUGACCAUUAUGAUUAUUCAGGGGGAGCUGGCAUUUCUGAGCAACCAGAAAACAGAAAAAAUUAUCCUGACUGCCGUUAUCCCAGUCAGCCACCAGGCACAAACGUUCCUGAAGUUAUUCCAUCAGUUGAUGUGCUGUCUAAUUCUGGAAAUGCCGAAGAGGAAUCACAUAGUCUAGAUAUAAUUCGCAAGAUGUCAGAUUGGAAAUCAAAUUCUGCUAGCAAGCAGAAUGUCCAGGUUCCAGCAGAUGAGGAAGAAGACUUUAAGGAUGUGAAAGCUCCUAGAAGAACAAGGGAACCUGCAUUAGAUGUCCAUUUUGAAGAUGACCUGUGUACUGCACCAGAUGAACAUGGCUCCCAGCCAGAGAGCAGUGGUAAAAUGAAAGCUAUAGGGAUGGAAGUAAGUAACAGGGUGUGGACCCUGACUUGCAUAAAGAAUAUAGACAGCCAGUACCAGAAUCUAGCAGUUCCUGUGCACCAUCAUUUGAAGUUCUUGCUGUUGAAGAAUGAUCAAGUCUUCAGGUUUGAUCACUGAUGCAAGCUGAAAGAACAGUGAGCUGGAGCAACUAUUUAGACAUCUCGGAUCAGCAGCAACCAGGAUGAGGAGAAGCACUUGCAAAAUUUAGAGCUUUCACUGUCUAUGGGAGUGCUUGGAGCAGUGUCUUUUGUGUGGUGUUGUUACAUCACACUUUGCUAAAGAAGAUCAUCUCUUCAUCUGAACUCUUACUUUUUUUGUUUUACCACUAAUUAAUGUUGAAAUAAGUUCCAGUUGACCUAAAUUGUAUGUGUCUUGAAAAACAGUAUUUCCCAGAUGUUGGUACUUUGAUUUGCAGGAUUUCUGAUAUUUAGAAAAUUUGAGAGAAAGUACACCCUUUGAAAGGUAAUCAUUACUACUUGGCUUCACAUUUAAGGGUAGUGCUUGUUCCACUGCACACUUUCUGUACUAUGUAGUAUUAAUUCUAAGAUGUAAUAACUUGAAUUUUUGAGCACUGAGUGACUUGCCUCAAUGUUACAGGUAUUUAUGGCGUGCAAGUUUGACAGAGGCAACAAACAACAGCAACCACUAAGCACCAGAAAGCAGCAAAAUAUAACCAAAAAGUGAUCCACAAGUUUUAUUGUAGCAAGUUAUUUUUCUCUGAUGUCUCGGCCGUAGCCUUCAAGGAGUAAAGAACCAUAGAAACACAUAUAUUUUAUGUAUGUGUUUCCAUGGUUCUUUACUCCUUGAAGGCUAUGGCCGAGACGUCAGAGAAAAAGAACUUGCUACAAUAAAUGGUUGGUAAAGGGAAAAUAACCAUGUUUUAGCCACUAGUCACAGCAGUAUAAAUCCUAAGUGAAUAUGUUAUGCUUUCUCUAGAAAAAAGCAUAUAAUAUAAUCUGGAAGUUGAUUUCAUUUAGACCCUGCAAGUGAAAGUCUGAGAGAACAGAGGGAUUGAGGGAAAUUGUGAAAGACCAAUUUCAAAUGACUUGUAUUGCUAAGAGAUUUCACAAAUUAUUACUUUAGUUUUUAAUUAAAUGUUUCCAGAGAUGUGCAUCCUUGUAUAUUUACAGUGAAGUGAAUCAAAAAAAUAAAAUACAUUAGUAUAUAAGAUGACUGUUGGCAUAACAAUAAAGACCAAAAAAAGUGUUCAGGGAUAUUGAUUA